CGUUUGUUAGCUUGGGCGUUUGGGCGCGUGCUGUCAACUACGAGCGAAUGAAUUCAGCGCCCCGUCGCCCUAUCGUCGGUCUGAAGACAAGUUUCAGAUCUUGGGCUCAAUGUCAGAUUGCAAGACUAGACGUCAGUCUGCUGAUCGAGCGGUGAAUAAAGGUAAAAUAUUUUCCACACAGCAGACCUCAACUCUCACCAGAUGAUCCGUCAGCUCACCACGCGUACCUGCACUCGCCUCAAUUGCACUAGCCCCGCAGGCCGACCCAUGGGCACUUUCCGUAGGGCCUCGGGUUGCUGUGGACUGUUGUGAGUCUGUGCGGGUUGCACAAGAUCUAUCUAUGUAGAGACGGCAUCCAUAAUUCCAAUUCGACCCCUCAUCUGCACCGCAUUCGAGACAUGCCCGCUUCGAAGAGUCUGGUAUGGGUUCCAGCAAAGCCAGUCCGACUCUGCUGAAGGCGUAUUUCUCGUGGGUGUUUUACUCUACCAAGAUCUGCUUGCAGUUCGCCGCCCUGGCUGCCAGCCUAUCGGCGGUCUGUUUCGAACUGCACCCAACCACCUCCGCACUAAUUCUUCUCCGGCUUUCCAGACGCCUGAGGCUCUCUUCCUUCGUCUGCAUGCUCACCAAGGAGCAUGAUAUGAAUUCGAGUCCCAGUGUUCAAGGCGCAAAGGCCGAGGAUUGCCCAGAGCGCGACAUUACGCGGAAACGGUCAACGUCAAAGCCACCCUCGCAAGAACUCGCAUCAGGGGCCGGCCAACGUCUUUCUCGACGCGAGUCUGGAGACUCUUCCUCCACCGCCUCCUCCACCACGCUCUCCCACCCCACCCCUCCACCCUCCAUGCCUUCUCACGCUCGUUCAAAAACAACGUCGCACGCCGAUCUCGUCAGACAGGGCAAGCGCUUGUCAUUACAAUUUCCAAUUCAACCUACUGCCGGCAGUAGCUCACCAGUCUUUUCGCCUCGCUCACGGCCGCAAUCCUGGAUCGCAGCGCCGUCGCCUCUUCCUUCACCGGAGGCACAGCCGCCGUCACCCGAGAACAAUAUUCUCGCUGUUCUUGCCGCGCAAGAGCGUUAUGUACUGGAGCUCAGGGAAGAGCUCGGCAAAGCCGAAGAAGAUCUCAAGACGUUGAAGAAGCACUACUCACUCCACGAGGCAAACAAGCGGCGCAAUGACGUACGCAAGGUAGCCCAAUUGCAACCUUUGAAUACCACCCUUGCGAACAUCGACGCCGUACAGGAUGACGAAGAUGGAGGCAACCUCUGGAUGCAGCGCGAGAUGGAGCGCAGGAAGGCGCUGCUGAGCAACACAAAGUCCUCGCAAAGGAAGGUCUUCAGCGGAUCACGCCAUCUGCGCACCCUCUCUCUGUUGUCGCCUGACAGAGCAUAUGCGCCAUCCUUUCCACAGUCCACCGAAGCCAGUCUCGGCGAGUCCAACAUCAAGCGCCCAACGCCGCCCGUCCGGUCGUCUACGUCUUCUGAUGUAUCGAGACAGCUCAUCGACGUCACGAGCAAUGACCUCGGCGGACUGCCGAACAUGCAGCGUGACAACAUCCUGCGCACUGGCAAACAAUUGGCCAGCGACUUUAGCAACGGGCUGUUUACGUUCAUCGAGGAUAUUAGACAGGCUACCGUGGGCGACGAAGCUGUCAACGGGGCGGCAGAGUCUUCUGGACCCUCACAGAACAGGGAUGGGUCCGCUAAGGUGAUCCGAAACACAUCCGCCAGCCGGCCAUCCCUGAGCCGGUCGGCCAGCUCCAGGAAGUCCGUGCAGAAGAAACAAUCGAUCGGAGAAGACUUCUGGUCAGAACAUGGUCUGAGUGAGCCCAAGACCACCUCCGUAAACAAAAAGACUCAUACGUCCAAGGCCACCCGCACUCCCGAAAGGCAAACGGCCAGGAACAGCGACAGCUUCGAAGAAGACUGGGAUAACUGGGACAGCCCUGGCAGCACGUUUGUUGCGAAGACAACAGACACCCACAUUGAUUCGGACGAGUCAGACACACCGGCAUCUGCCAUCAACAAUUCCCGCACCGGCGCUAAGCAGCACAAUCGCCGUCACGACUCGAAGAACUCGUCGCUGGCCACGAUCAGCUCUGCGAGCAUGCCCGACACCAGCACGUCACGCGACCCCAAGCGCAACUCGAUCCCGUGGCCUGAUCUGGUCAACCUUUCGCCAUCCAACCUCAAGCGCACAGCUUCGCACUUGAUGAAGGAAUGGGAGAAGCAGCUCACACCGCCGCCUGAGUCAAGACUGUCAAGUCACUCGCAGGGGGAUUACAUCGGUCGCUCGGGUUCACCUGGCAGCCUUAUCUAAUGACGAACGAUCUGUACAGACGACUUACAUAUUGACGACGCUACGCAUCUAGACCAAAUGUCUAAAUAAAUGUCUAUUCAUAUAUACUUCACACAUGGAGGGAGAAAUUAGCAUGGCGGCUUGGAGAUGGCAGCUGACGAAGCAUGGAGAGAUGGGCGUUCGUGAUUGCUGCACGUACUGGCAUUGGGAGAUAUCAGAUGUCUAUAGAAGCACAGCAGGAGACUUGAAAAUAUUGCAUACUAGAUUACCACUA